UACCAUUAAUAACACAACAAUAUCUGCAUGUAUUUUUGCAUUAAAUAUCCAAAAAAAGAUUUUGGACUACCCAGGCCCAAACACAAACCAAAGUCAAACCCCACAUGUUGAUUGUUGACCGUGAGUGACCGAGUCUGAGUGGCACGCUCAUUGAUUGAGAGCUUAGCAAGAAUGGGAGAAGAGAGGUUGAGGUUGAGCACGCUGGUGUUCACUGUGGCUAUCACCGUGCUUUCUCACUCAUCGCAACCACUUGCGUCGAAACAUGCACCGCGAUUCCUUGGAAAAUUCGCGGCAGCACCAAACAGUUCCCAGCCACCGCAAUUCCACUACGAAACCAGAUACUUCCAACAGCGCCUCGACCACUUCAGCUUCUCCGACCUUCCCACGUUCCCGCAGCGUUACCUUAUCAGCACCGAACACUGGGUGGGCCCGCAGCGUUUGGGCCCAAUUUUCUUCUACUGUGGCAACGAAGGAGACAUCGAAUGGUUCGCCCAAAACACCGGCUUCGUCUGGGAAAUCGCCCCUCGAUUCGGUGCCAUGGUGGUUUUUCCCGAACAUCGAUACUACGGUGAGUCCGUGCCUUACGGAAGUGCAGAGGAAGCGUAUAAGAAUGCCACUACCUUAUCGUAUCUCACCGCUGAACAAGCUCUCGCUGAUUUCUCUGUUCUCGUCACUCAUCUUAAGCAGAAUUUCUCCGCCAAGGAUUGCCCCGUUGUCUUGUUUGGAGGAUCAUAUGGUGGAAUGUUAGCUGCAUGGAUGAGACUCAAGUAUCCUCAUAUUGCUGUUGGGGCACUUGCUUCGUCAGCUCCUAUUCUUCAAUUUGAAGACAUUGUGCCAGCACAAACUUUCUAUGACAUUGUUUCCAAUAAUUUUAAGCGUGAAAGUAUCACUUGCUUCAACUAUAUAAAACAGUCGUGGAAUGAGAUUGCGUCUAUAGGACAAACAAGUAAUGGACUUACACAUCUGGCCGAAACUUUCAACUUAUGUCAGAAAUUAAAGAAGACUGUAGAUCUGUAUGACUGGUUGGAGUCUGCGUAUAGUUAUUUGGCAAUGGUGAACUACCCAUAUCCUUCAGAAUUUUUGAUGACUUUACCUGGGCACCCCAUUAGGGAGGUAUGCAGAAGGAUUGAUGAGGGUCCUGCUGGUAUUAGUAUUCUGGAGCGCAUAUAUGAAGGAGUGAAUGUCUACUACAAUUAUACGGGAGAAGCUAAAUGUUUUGAACUGGAUGAUGAUCCUCAUGGCAUGAGCGGUUGGAACUGGCAGGCUUGCACUGAAAUGGUUAUGCCAAUGUCUAGCAGCCAGGAGUCCAGCAUGUUUCCGCCAUAUGAGUAUAAUUACACUUCUUUCCAAGGGGAAUGCUUAAAGAAUUUUGGAGUGAAGCCAAGGCCAAAAUGGAUUACCACAGAAUUUGGUGGGCAUGAUAUCCAUGACACCUUGAAGAAAUUUGGAAGCAAUAUAAUUUUCUCAAAUGGCCUCUUGGAUCCAUGGAGUGGUGGCAGCGUUUUGCAGAGUAUAUCUGAAAAUGUGGUUUCACUUGUAACUGAAGAAGGUGCGCACCACAUAGAUUUACGUCCUUCAACUCAAGAUGAUCCUGAUUGGUUGGUAGAGCUGAGGGAGACUGAGAUAAAGCUAAUAGAAAGUUGGAUAAGUGACUACCACCAGAAAAAUAAAGCUAUGUUCGAUAUGUAACUGAAUCUUUCAACUGUUUGCUUCACCACUGUUCUAUACAGUUCUGUAAAACACGAAUGUUUGGUUUCAGAGAACCUCUUUUUCUUGUUUGGUAUUGUAAUUGUUCAAGACAAUACACGUACAUAGACACAACACGCGCAUGUGAAUAGCAAGAUUUCCGCGUAU